AUGAAAGGACUGGACACCAGAUUAAACGUUGACCAGAAGUUGCUGGUGGAACUAUUGGGGCUUUUUCAGAUCAAUGAUAUUGAGCCGAAUCUUGUGCGAAAUGCGAUGGAGCAUUUACUUGCGUUCAAGAGCCACGCGGCGUUGAUUAAGCUGUGCGAGACGUUCCCAGAGCUUGACUGGCCAUUUGAGACCAUCGUGACGAGAAUGGCACAGACGAAAGACUGGAUGUCAGCAGAGUUACUAGUGAAAACUUUUGCGGAAGAUGAUGACACCGCGCUGGCCACGGUUUUGAUUGAUGCAACGAUAAACAUUCGGGAUUUCAAGCGGGCACACCGCUUGGUGGUAAGCUUCAACCUCCAGAAACAGUAUCCGGACGUUGAUGCACUGUACACCCGUGAUGGCCUCAUGCGACUUAUCGAAGCCCAACGCUGGCAACUUGCACUUACUUUCGUUGGCCACGACACUACUCUUCAAAAAGUAUUGCUCGAGCACAUGGUUACUGCUGGAGAACUGGCACAUGCAGCUCACUUGGUUAAGAUGAUGGUGAAUGCGGGCUUAGUACCCGACAUUUCACCCAUGAUACCCAAGUACUCGGAUUCUGGUGAGAUUGGACAGGGCGUUGAAGACGAGGGGUUUUAUGCGUUGCCUGAAAAGAUCCCGAGUAUUACCUUUUGCAACGAUGAGAACACAGUGAGAGAUGCAAUGGAGCACUUUUUUGGGUCCACCAGUUCCAACAAAGUAGACGACAAACAAGUGGUGGGCUUGGAUGUGGAAUGGAAGCCCAUCAUAGCACGAUCGAAAGCAACGACAGCGGUAGCGAGCAUCCUGCAAAUUGCCUCGUCAGACGGCGUUUUCGUCGUCGAUUUACUGGCACUUCAUGACAACGACCUGUUGUUCGACAGCUUCCUUCCUCGGCUGCUAACUUCUCCGCAGUGGCUUAAGCUGGGCUUCGGCUUCGAUUCGGAUUUGAAAGUCCUACAUCAAACGUUCCCCGAGCGUCAGUCUUUUACUGGAGUGUCUCCAUUCCUAGAUUUGAACACGUUAGAGCUGACAUCAGGUCCAAUUAACAGCGGUUUGUCGCAAUGUGUUCAUCACGUUCUUGGCAAACCUUUGGACAAGCGGAUGCAGCUAAGCGAUUGGGAACACCGGCCGCUUUCGCAGGAACAAAAGAACUAUGCAGCACUAGAUGCUCUGUGUCUCGUUCACAUCGUCCGCAAGUUGCAAAAUCUAAGCGACAACGACAAAAGUUUGCCAAGCUGGAGUGAAGUUUCCAAGCGCAUCGUUACGCUUAAUCACGCGGUUUCACUCAGCGAGGAUGAAAAACUGGAAGCCGUCUCCCACCGCAUCGCGUAUCAGAAGAAAUGGCGCCACCAGUGCGAUGAAGCAUCUUGCAUGACCAAGCUGGUGACGCCGCAGGACGUUCUACAAUUCUGGGAAGACCGAAGACGCGCUUUAUUGCUUGAACAGAAGUUGACUUUUGACACGACGUUGAAGUUCUUGACGAAGGACCAGAUGACAGCGAUGCUACAAGACCCACAGGAAGAUGCAGAUACUCGUGACUUCAUCGCUGUGAACAGCAUCUGCAUUUUCAUUGCCGAAACGCCCUCCGUGGUUUGCAUCGAAGCCAACUACAAGCUGGAUAUGGUACAGAUUGCAAGACUCCGUGGCGUCGGGCGUCGCAAAGUUCGAUUAGCAGCAGCAUCGGAAUGUCGCCGUGUCUUUGGAUUUGCACCAGGGACAGUUGCUCCCUUCGGCCACAAGCCAUGGACUUCAAAGUCAGAGGAUAAAUCUACACAUCCAGUACUAAUCAACCUAUUCGUGGACUCACGACUGCAGAAGGCACAAUAUCUCGCAGCAGGAUCUGGAUCGCCAGACAAAGUGAUCUGGGUAGAGUCAAAGGCGUUCUUCGCUUUGAUCAGCAUCGAACUCCUUGACGAUAUCUCGAUUCCACGCGAUUCUCCGACUUCAGUCGAUAACACGGAUAAGACAAGUGGUAACAUCGCCGAGACGGAGCCAAAACCCCUCGAAUACAAGUUUCUAGCCGACUCGAUGGUGACUCAGGUCGGUCGUUGGCUGCGAACAAUUGGAGUCGAUGUGGUCACCUGGAAUCCAGAAGAUGUCAAAGCCACUAGAAGCACGGAUCCCAAGAGUGUUAUGUUAGCAUUUGCAGCCACGGAAGACCGAAUCGUCUUGACUCGAGACACAGGCCUUCCCAGUCGCCGAGACGCUGGUGCUUGCUUUGUACUAUCGGAUGACGAGUGCUACAUGCAGUUCCGAGAAGUCAAAUUGCAGUUUGGACUGGUAAACCACAUCGGCACUCGCUCGUCCCGGUGUGCUCGUUGCAAUUCCGACACAUUUUCUCCCAUUAACGCCGACUCCGCACGUAAGAAAAUGUCAGAGCGACUUCGCAAGAAAGUCCCGAUCAGUGUCACCACAUUCUGGAAUUGUGACGGCUGUGGUCGAGUCUACUGGGAAGGCCCCAAGUAUACACCCUCGACGAACAACAGUGUGGAGUCGAGUCUCGCUGGCAGAGUCGUCUACCGGCCUGUUCCCAGGAAACGCGUUGCAGGUGAUCACUCCGACACACGCCACCUUCCAGAUCCGGAAAUUGCUUCGACGCGAGGGACAAAAUCUGAGUAGCCUAAUGUAUCGCAGCAUAAUAUCGUAGUAGCAUUACUCGUAGUUAGCUUUUGCGUUGUCGUCGUCGCUGCUGAGCUUGUUCCAGCUCGUCAACUUGUUGCUCCA